GGAAGGCGGAGGAAGAGGCGGAGGCGGAGGAGGCGGGGUAGAGAGGAAGGUUGGUCCGCGCAGCGGGGGCGACGGGGAUCGGAACGUGGUGGGCUACGCAGGAUAGGAGAGGAGAUGUCGACAAGAUGACAGCGGCCGUGUGACGACGACGCUGGCUUGCUGCAGGUUACGCCGUUGCCCGCCCGACAGACCCGACGAGGGAAAACGGUCGCGCCGGGAGGUGCGCCAGGAAGUAGUGCGGUAACUGCGAAGGAGAGAGUCUAUUGAGCGGCGGAGAGAAAAGACGUGACGGCGACAACGUCGUCGUCGUCGUCGUCGUCGGCGGUGCCGCGCCCCCGUGCGAUGCGCACGACGGCGCGGUGAGGAGCGGCCGGUGUCGAGAUCGUCCCGACGACGAGGAAGUCGUCGCCGACGGAGGAGAGCGUGAUUGCCGCGCAUCGUGACCGUCCCCCGUUCCCGCGUGCGCCCCGCGCUCGCGUGGUUCCGGAGGCAUGAGCGUGUUCGGGGACUUCCAGCGUGUGUGGGUGCAGCGGUUCCCGGACAGCGCCUUGCCGGCCGCCUGGGAGGAGGAUGUCCGGGCGAACUUGGUCAAGCACAAGCAGAAGGUGACAGCUUUGAGAGAAGAACUCGAAAAAGAGGAGUUUUAUGUGGAGUAUUUAGAGAGAUUACUGGCCGACGUUGAGCGACACAAGCAGCUGGCUAACAAUACUAGCGUGACUGAGAAUAAACAGGAAACGGCGGUGCAGGAAACGCAAUCUCCACAGGACUUUCAGGUAUCGGAAAGCGGCUUGGCGGACAUUUCUCCGAGCUCGCCGAGUUCACAGAAGAUCGGACCGUCCGCUCCUCCCGCUCUAACGGAACGGGAGGACAUCAGCAAAUUUCAGGACAAGUGCGUGUCCGAAUUAAGCUCGACUCUCGGAACAGCUGGCAAGCGACCCAAGAGCGAAAUACCGAGGAGUCCCGAGAAAGUGCCUGAACUUAGAAGAAACAGUGAUCCAGAUGUGCCAAGUAAUUAUGUUACGGUGAUCGAGGUCACCGGGAGUUCGAAGAAGGACAAACAUGAGGAAUCUCUUAAGGAGGAAGACGAGAAAGACUUAGAAAAGGCUAUCAAUGAAGAUGAUGAAGAUGGCGAUGCAGAGGCAUCGGAAGAGGAGCCUUAUUACGAUUCAGUAGCCUUGGACCAAACUGGAGAGUAUGUUUACAUUGACGCACGCGUUCCCACUGUUAACAGUAACAAUGGUAAUAAAGCGGCGACUCGAAGACCACCCUCACUGCCAGAUUCGCCGGGCAAUCAGAGUAAUUAUGUCAACAUCGAUUAUUUUAUACAACACAGAGCGGCGAUGGACAGCGAAGACGAGGAGGGUGCCAGUCCGGCGCCCCCGAUUUUGUUGCGCGCACUUAGCACCGACAACGAAACCGGCAGCAGUGACGCCGAACCGCUGAGUUUGAGCGAAGGUAGCUUGGAAUCGCCGACCCCGACGACGCCGCGUAGGCAGGAAAAGAGCAAGGAGCGUGAGGACGAUAGGACGUCAAUGGUCAAAUGUAUCGUAAACUCGGUAGUGGAAAGCGAGGCUGUAUAUGUGGAAUGCUUAACUGUGAUGUUACAAUAUAUGAAAGCUAUUAGGGCAACUUUAACGACAUCUCAACCGGUCAUUUCGGAAGAAGAAUUUGGCACGAUGUUUUACAAGAUCCCGGAACUGCAUGCUCUGCAUCAGACGUUUCUCGAUGAUCUUCGAAAGAAGACGGAAAAGUGGGACGGUAAGACUGCUAUAGGAGAACAAUUUAAGAUUAUGGCCAGUAAUAUAGGAUUAUAUGGUGCGUUUUUGCACAAUUACGCUCGCGCAACCGAUACUGUGCGACGAUGCUCCGCCCAUUCCACUCAAUUUGGAGAGAUUACUAGAGAUAUAAGACUCAGGGGCUUUCCGAAAGGCCCAGGUUUGUCUCUGGAGGAUUUGUUACACAAGCCAGUUGCUCGAGUGCAAAAAAAUGCUUUAGUUUUAUACGAUCUUCUUAAACAUACACCAGUCAACCAUGCAGAUCAUGCGCCUUUAUCAGAAGCUCUUGCUAUGACCAGGAAUUUCCUAGAUGAAUUCAAUAUCAUUCAGACGAAAUCUAUGUUUCCGAGUCACGACAGAGCCCAACGAAGAUUGGUAAAAAAUUCAUUUGUAGUAGAACUCUCGGACGGCCACAGGAAGCUGAGGCACCUCUUUCUCUUUAACGACGUGAUCGCCUGUGCGAAGUACAAAGCGUCUGGCAGGGAUAAGUUCACGUUUGAACUGAAGUGGUACGUGCCGGUGGCGGAAGCCGCUGUUACGGAAGACGGUAUAGAGCCGCGCGAGGCCAGUCCUGCUAAUGUGGUAGCUUUAAGGUCGCAAGCUUGUACAGUACGUGAUCAAAUUCUAUGGGAAGAACGAAAUGACGAGAAACGGAUUAGACUGGGUGGCAGAGGUUCGGAAAAGAAUCGUAAGAAGCUCGCCGAGCUUGAGGCCCAGCUGGUAUUAGCCUCGCCAAACUUAGUCCUGCGCGUCGCGCACAAAAGUCAGCAAAACCGAGUACAAAAUUCUUACACUUUUUUCUUGUCCAGCGAAUUUGAGCGGUCCCAAUGGGUAGAGGCAGUGGAGGCAUUACAACAGGUCAUUGAAUCUCUAAUUAAGAUAAAAAUAGGCGGACAGCCUCCAGGGCAGCUACCAUUAUCGAUGUACGAAUUGCAGGCGUGGGUUACCGCCUGUCGAACGUAUUUGCAGACUGACAUGGGCAGCUACCUGCUGAGAUCAGGCCGCGAUGAGAGCUUGCUACUGGGUGAUCUUCAUCUGACAUUGCUUGGUUUAACUCCGCCAGGCUUAGACAGAGUGGGUGAUCUCUAUAUCAUUGUAGAAAUCGACAGUUAUGGACACUACUUCAAGAGAGCGCGAAGUCGCGUCGCCAGAGGUCAAUCUCCGAUUUGGGGUGAGACUUUUGUGGUAGAGUUGGAGGGAAGUCAGAACGUGAGGAUCUUGUUGUACGAGGAAUGUGGCACACGCUCGGUAUUGCGAGGCAAGUGCAUUCAGCGGUUAAGCAGAUCUUGGCUUCAGUCUGAUCAGGUCGAGAGGUCGCUAAAUCUAGGACCCGCGACAUUGGACGUUGCGUUACGUUUUGUUCCCAGCGAAGUUACUCUGAGGCGAGUGCCGUCGGCCAAACCACAGGGCUUAUUCGGCGCUAAGAUUCAACAAGUUUGCAAACGAGAGAAACGCGACGUGCCUUUCAUAAUAACAGCAUGUGUGCGAGAGGUGGAGAAACGUGGCGUCGGCGAGGUAGGUCUGUAUCGUGUUUCUGGCUCCGCGUCCGAUGUGGCGAGGCUGCGCAAGUCGUUCGAGAGCAAUUCGUACGAAGCGGAGCAGCUACUUAAGGAGGUAGACGUGCACUCAGUGACGGGCGUAUUAAAGUUGUAUCUGCGCGAAAUGCCGGAGGCGCUGUUUACCGAUGCUCUUUAUCCGGCAUUUUUGGAAGCCUUCCAAACGGGCGACUUAUCGCGAGGUGCCGCGCUGCGUCGUGUUUAUGACAGCUUGCCUGCUGUCAAUAAACCGGUAAUCGAUUUCUUGUUGGCGCAUUUGGCCCGUGUGAACAAGCACGAGGCGCAGAACAAGAUGUCGUUGCACAACCUGGCCACAGUGUUUGGACCUACGUUGCUACGACCUGGAACCAGUAAUUCGCGCAGCGACGCCAAGAGCCGCGAUCCCCUCGCUGCUGGCACCGUCGACGUGAUGGCGCAAGCCGGCAUUCUUUACUGCUUCUUGCAGUUACACAUGCAACAACAGAACAAUCAAUCUCUCUAGUCGACAAAGUCCCUUGAUCCUGAACGCAAUUAAUGUUGCUGUACGAUUUGAGAUCAACAGGCAAUCGGCAACAAAAAUGCGACUAUUAUUUUCCUGACGAAGCAAACGUUGAAAAGACGAUGUAACGGUGUCUGAAGAACAGCCUGGUAACUCAUUGAUAUUAUUGUUUUUAAUCUUAUAAUUAGUUCAUUUCAGGAACGUAAUAUCUGUUUUUGCUAUAUGCCAUAAUGUGUUGCAUCAUUUACGUAACGAAUAAUUGCGUCAUCAAAUAAGGAUAAGUCAGAAGCUUUUUAUUAACAAUUUUUUAUUUGUGUUAGGUGCAAUAUGAAGUUUUUUUUUGUCGAAUUUGAAUAAAAUGACUAAAUAUUUAUUUUUAAUUUUUUUUUAUUCCAAUAUAGUUAAUUAAAUUAAGUCAGAAAAACAAUCGCCAAUUUCUGUCCUUCAAACAUCUGUCAGAUGUCUUUUAUAUCGUGCGCUGACACGAUAAUCCAUAAAUCCAUACAUAUUGUUUGUCUCUUUUGUAGACAUUAAUUUUGCGUGACGUAUCUUUUUUUGCGAUCCUGAGAUAGAGUCUGGAAAUAUGUUAAAAGCGAAUAGAGUGGCUUUGACGAAACCCUCCACACGAGAAUGAAACUCCUAUACUCCAUACGCGUGCAAAGUAAUAUAGCCGAGCUGCUCUUAUAGAACGUAUAUAAAGCGUAAUAAUAUAUAUAUAUAUAUACAUAUAUCUUUACUUUUGAGGUUUAUAAUAUAUUUUCUACUUCAUAUUGUCUGAGCGUGAUAAUAUCGCUCAUGCGUAAUCAAAUUGAUAAUGACCUUUCCUGAGAUGAGAUUUUUCGAGGUAAAGAGCGUGAAAUGGUGCAGAAAUUUCAGGUAAGAAAUUGGCCAAAGAGCGGAUUAGAUAAGUCAAAGCGAAUUGGUAAGAAUGUUAUUUAUAUUAUCUUUGUACAUUAAAAAUAUCCCGAAAGUUUAUAAAGAGGAAGAAGAGAGAUUCGUUAAAGAGUGAGAAUCAUUUAAGAGAAAAUCUAAAAUAAUAAAUUUUGUAUAAAGUCUAAGACCGAAGUUUUUAAAGCCUGAAAUUUGUGUACUGGAUAUACAAUUUAGCUCUAGAAAAUAAAUACUUUUUCACGUGACGUGUGUUCCUAGCAGAGAAUCUAAAUCUUUUUAUAUGAAUCCUUUUGUAUAUUUGUUGCAAGAAGCAACCUAUUGCCCUAGGUAUGGAUACUGUACUUUCGUGUACUCAAACACUAGCGUACAUUUCACAAAAAUAUCACAAUAUUCAGGAGAAUGAGAAAAAGCAAAAAAAAGAGAAAAGAACGAGAAUGUAUGAGAGAGAUAAAGAGUGAUUUGUUCUUCCUUGAAGAUUUUGUGGAAUUCAGGGAACGACGUUCCUCACAAUGUGCAAAAAUUUAUUAUACAUGUAUAACGUAAUAAUCGUCCAUUCCAUUUACUCGAGUUCUUUACUCGAAUUUGACAGAUUGAAACUUUGCGCCGAAAUAGCUCAGAGUUUUAACCCAAAAAGAUAUAUGACUGCACGAAACAAGCCCUCCUUAUUCCGUCAAAAUGGUAUUUUUCGACAGUAAUUUUGAUUGAUAUGAAUAUUCUUUUUUAUUACCAUCUAAAUGCAGCUUAAUGAGAUGCCAAAGAGAGAAAGGUACGUUCCCACGUGUGUAGAGUGUCUUGAAAAUCACAAUUUAUAUAAGAAAAAUAGAAGUUUUUACGAAAAAAGGUUAAAAGUGUGGAAUAAAUUUGUUUUUGCUCAAGAGAAAAAUCUAUGUUUAAAUCAUUAAAUUUUCAGUAAAUAUUUAUUUCGAUCUUUAUAAUUAUUUAUUUUUUAAAUCAAAUUUCUCGAGGAAAAAAUGCGAAAAAGAUUUGAAUAUAUCCUAAAGCUUUCUUUUUAACAAAAUGUCAACUUGAUUAACGCAUUAUGAUUUUUGGAACGCUCUACGGUAGAAGAGUAUAUUGUAUGUAGUUGAUAAAAUGAGAGACAAAACACAAACAUGCGAGUUGUUAUGAUACAAGUAAAUAGAACUCUGUACAGAAUGUCUUGCGUAUUAGGUAUACCACGCCAUUUGCAAAAUUUGCAAAUUACAACAAGAAAACAAAAAAAGUAAAUUACUGAUGAGUGUUCGAUAAAAAUGACGACAGGAAGUAUUAAACUGUUUAUGCUCGAACAAAAUAGGCAACUAUUGUAUCUCGUGCGAAUGAAGGCAAUCGCGUGCGUGUUUGUGCUUGUUUGUUUUGUAUGCGUGUAUUAUUCCCUUUCCCCAUGUAUGUAUCAUACCGUAAGAAGAAAUACCCGCAUAUACUAAGAUUAAUUUUGAUAUCGUCGUUUUCUAAGGAACGUCCGCCUUUUUUUGUACAUUGAUACCAUAAGUGUAAAAACGAGUUUCCUUGAUUAUUAUUUGUGUUAUUAUUAAUAUUAUAAUAUUAUUACUCUACAUAUAUAGUAUAUAUUAUAUAUGAGACAAUUAUCGCGUCACUAUUUGUUACAAGAUCAAGCUAGCUUGUUCGCAGCGAAAUGCGUACUGUACUGCCAAAAA